UCGGUGCUCAUCGACCAAAAAUACCUCGGCGCAAGCGUCGUCCACUCCUGCGAGCACGGAAAGUCAAUGGCAGAAGCUUCUAGAAUCUCCGAGGCGCGCCGCGACGCCGUGUUCGCGCGGUGGGUGAUUUUCUCGCCGGCACGCUCCCGUCGCCCCACCGACCUCAAGUCCCACGGCCCGGCAAACCCUAGCCCCGGCCCCGACGAUGGCGCCCCCAAGCCGUCCUGCCCCUUCUGCCUCGGUCGCGAGUCCGAGUGCGCGCCGGAGAUAUUCCGCGUGCCGGCUCCCGAUGAGUCGCUGCCGUGGCGGAUCCGCGUGAUUGAGAACCUUUUCCCAGCGCUGCGGCGCGAGGCGGCGCCGCCCGCACCGGAGGACGAGGAACCCGUCGGCGCGGGGGAAUGCGCCGUGAGGGGGUUCGGGUUCCAUGACGUGGUCAUCGAGACGCCGCACCAUGAAGUCCGGCUAUGGGAUCUGGACGCGGAGGGGGUCCGCGACGUCCUGCUUGCGUACGCGCGUCGGGUGCAGCAGCUGGCUGAGCACCCAGCGGUGAAGUAUGUUCAGGUGUUCAAGAACCAGGGGGCAUCUGCCGGAGCUUCAAUGGCACACUCACACAGCCAGAUGUUGGGAACUCCUUUUGUCCCUCCAUCUGUUACCUCCCGGCUUAACUGCAUGAAGGAGGUCUUCGAGAGGUCAGGAAAGUGCAGCCUCUGUGCGGUUGUGUCCAAGGAUAUCUUGGUCAGUGAGACGCACAAUUUUUCUGCAUUUGUCCCUUUUGCAGCUUCUUAUCCAUUUGAGAUAUGGAUCGUUCCUCGGCAACAUAGCUCCUACUUCCAUGAAACAGAUCAGGAUAAGGUAUUGGAUCUUGCGGGUCUGUUGAAAAGCAUGCUUCAAAAGUUGUGUAAGCAACUCAAUGACCCCCCAUUCAACUAUAUGAUCCACAGCGCACCGUUUGGACUCUCCUCUUCUUGUCUACCUUACACACAUUGGUUCCUCCAAAUAGUGCCACAGUUGAGUGUAAUCGGUGGAUUUGAGAUGGGAAGCGGGUGCCACAUAAACCCAGUUUUCCCUGAAGACGCUGCAAAAAUUCUGAGGGAAAUCGACAGCUCAGUAUAGUUCCCAGUUUUCCCUGAAGACGCUGCAAAAAUUCUGAGGGAAAUUGACAGCUCAGUAUAGUUCGGUACUUACAUGUGAUUUGUUUCUCAGUCAUGUAAAAAAGAAGUUUGUAUGUCGCUAAUAAUCUGAGUGGACCGUUAACUUUACAUACUGCUGAGAAUUUGAUCAAACUUGGAAGUUUUAACCUUACUAAUGUUAUUCUGUUACCUGGAAGGGUGAUCUUGAACU